AUGUUCGGAUUUAUCAAGAAGAACUCCAAGAACAACAAGGCCGCCAACAAGAAGCCUGUUGGUAACGAUCCCGCGGGCUAUGAAGGCCAAGAGCAAGACUACUACCAACAAGAGAUUAAAAUGGAGACACCAUCUCGUCCGGCUUCGCCGAAGUUCACUUACCCGCGGAAGGGAUCGAAGCCCCUUCCAUCUACCAUCAAGAAGGAGCCGACGCCAUAUAUGCCACAAGAGCCACACUACCACAGAGGAGAGAUGAAAGUGGAGACCCCGUCUCCUCCUGCCUCGCCGAAGUUCACUUACCCGCGAAAGGGAUCGAAGCCCCUUCCAUCUACCAUUAAGCAGGAACCAACGCCAUAUGUGCCACAAGAGCCAACGUAUGCGCGGCACGGAAAAAGGGUUUCCGAAUAUGCUCAACAAGCCUUCUAUAAUUCUCGAGAGCAAAGCUACGACCAUCAGGAGAAACGAAUUAAGACGGAACCAGAGGAUGCUGACGAGCCAUUCUCGUACGCGCGGAAAGGGAGGGGGGCAUUUGAUGCCAAGAAAUGGGGCUGGUCUGGUUGA